CGCGCUACACCGCGGCAGCUCCGCACCCCGCUCCUCAGGGCGGUGGGGAGCCGGUUCCCCCGCCCCUGCGGUGCGCUAAUUGCUGGGCCCGGACAGGUGCGGGAGCUGCAGUCUCCAGACCGUGGUUCCCUGACGGCUCCUCACAACGACCGCUUGUAAGGACGAGUGGCUGCUCCGCGUCUCUCCCCGAAGCGCUGUUACUGCCUGGAGGGGAAGGAGGCUCCCCACAAGCCCCACGCCGCCUUGCUUCUUGAUUGGUCGGGAGCAGGAUUCCCAACAAGCCACUUUCUGCUCCCCUUGUUGGUUUCACUUCACUGAGGGCAUCCCUACAGUACAAACUUAAGUCUAGCUACAGCCACCGCAAUCAUUGCGGUCGUGUCCACACUACCCUCCUUCUGUCCCUGGUGCCCGUCCUUGCUAGGAGUGCUUUCACUACUAUUAAAGGGUAGUGUGGAGAGAGGGGAGCCUGGGCAGCAGCCUGGCUCGGAGUGGGGAGCUGGGAGCAGCAGGGCUGUAGCUGGAGCCCCCAGUCACCUCAGGGUGACACCAGAGCUGGGCGCCUGUUUGUUUGUUUGUUUUUGUCAGUUUCAUGGCUCCCUGCUGGAGUCAUGAAAUUCACAAGAAUGGCAGCCAACAGCUGAUGUAAGUAACCCUUAAUGUAUACGUGGACACUGCCUUGCCCUAACUACAGCAGCGUAAACCCUAUGCCUCUCGUGGAGGUGGAGUUAUUUUGUCAUUUUGGUGGUGUAGUAGGGCACUUACAUCAGUGGGAGCAAGGCUAUGGUGUAGACACUGACAUAAUUAGGUUGAUGUAAGCUGCCUUACAUUGACCUAAUUCUGCAGUAUUGACCAAACCUGCGACUGGAGCUUGUGUCCACACUAGUCUGGAAAUUGCCAACCUUAGCUCUUGUGUAGACUGGCCACAUGGUGUUUUAAUUCUCCUCUUGUCCAUAGCUGCACAGAGGCCUGCUCUACACUACAAAGUUAGGUCGACUCAGGGCAUCUUAUGUCAACCUAGUUGUACAUGUACACUUAAAUUGGUCUCCCACCCAUGUAAGUGCCCCCUUACUCCAACAUAGUAACACCAUCUCCCCAAGCAGCAUAAAGCCACAAUCAACAAACUUAGGUGGAUGCAAUGCAAGCAUAGACACUGCGUUAUUUAUUUUGACCCUAACUGUCCUCUACAGCUGUCCCACAGUGCCUCUCAUGAACUGCUCUGGUCAACAAUGUGAAUUCCAUUGCUCAGGGGUCAUGGAGACCAGAAUUACCCCUGCCUCUUUAAAGCCCCACAAAUUUUUGAAACUCCUUUUUUCCUGAUUGCCCAGCUUGGAAAGCACACCUAGCAGCUCUCCAUUGUUGAGUGCAACUUGCCAGCUGAUUAUGCUGGCUACACACUCUAGCCACACUCGUGUCUGGAGUAGACAUGCGAUAUUGGAUUUUCUGGGCCUGUGGGGAGAGGAGGCUAUGAAGGCACAGCUCCAAAUCAACAACAUCUAUGAGCGGAUUGUUCAGCAGAUGCAGGAAAAGGGGUACAACAGGGACUAGCAGCAAUGUUGCUAAGGAGCUGCAGAAGGCAUACCAGAAGGCCAGGGAGGACAACAAAUGGAUGUGAUACCAAGCCGCAGACCUGCCACAUUUACUACGUGUGUCAUGCUGCGUGCUGUACUCAGCAGAGACAUCACUCUCAACCCUCACAGCAGCAUGGAUACCUUCAAGGAGCCGGAGUCACAGACGCCUGCUGUGAACAGGGAGAAGGAGGAGAAUGGGAGACAGGUGACCAGGGGAUCCUGGUACACAGCAAGCCAGGGCCUGUUUUUGACCCCACUGCAGUCUAGCCAGUUCACCAGUCAAGCCCAAUCAGCUGCCAUUGCAGCAUGUAAGGUCUCCCCCUUCACACCCACAGAACACCCGAGUCAGAUGAGGAGAAAGAAGAGGACUUGGGAUGACAAGUUCAGUGAGAUCUUGAAAGCCAGUGCAACAUUGAACCAUGAGCACUGGGCCUGCAGGAUGAACAUUGCAGGCAGCUUGGAGAAGCAAAGAGUGGAGAGGAGAAAGAAAGGCUCAGGAGUCCCAGCGGGAAAAGCAGACGGAGAUGCACCAAGACAUAAUGGGGCUUCUCAGGCAGCAAACACAAAUGCGAUAGAUCCUGGGCUUGCUUCCUUCUGCAGCCCAUUGAGAACUCAAUAUCGGGACCUCCCUACAUCCCACACACACACACAUUUUGUGGGGCAUCAGAGAUUGUUGCAUUACCCCUCACCCUUCACCCCAGGGGAAAUUAAAGACAAACAGAGCUUCAGAUACACCAACCGUGGCUCCCACAGGUUAGUGUAUGUAUAGCUGAAAUAGAUAUGAAUGUUUUCCCUGUUGUAAUUUCUGUUUUCUUAAUAAAAUUUGCUAAAUUAAGUUUUUAAUAUCUGUUUUCAA